UGAACGUCCCCAAAGACAGUCAUAUUUCAAAGACUGGCCGUCCAGUGGAGUUUCUUCCAAGCACCAUGCCAGCCAAACCAGCCCCUAUCAAAAAGUCGGCCAAGAAGGCUGCAGAGAAGCCCGCAGAAACAGAGCCUGUACCCGAGGCUCCCCCGGCAGAGGCUCCUGCAGCUGAAGCACCUCCAACCGAAGCAGCUUCAUCAGAAACCGCCCCGGCUGCGGACGGUGCGGAGGCACCUGCGCCUGAAGCUGCUGCUGCUGAAGCCCCUGUUGCAGAAGAGGGUGCUGCAGUUGAGGCUCCUACAAUGGGCCCUGCUGACGAAGCUGCUCCGCCCACUGACGCUCCAGCUGAGGCUGCUCCUGUUGAGACUGCACCAGCAGAGGAGCCUCCUAAACCACCAACACCUCCACCUCCAGCAGUGCCCACCAGUGCUCCUCAGAGUCUCACAGUGGAAGAUGUCAACGAUACCUCAGUUACUCUUAAAUGGAGAUCCCCCGAGACUAUUGGAGACUCUGGACUGGAUGGAUACACUGUCGAAUACAGCAAGGAAGGAUUUUCUGAUUGGGUGGUCGCCAACACCAAGCUUACCAUGUCCAACAGCUUUGUCAUCAAGGACCUGACAACCGGAGACAUGCUAAACAUCCGUGUGGUGGCUGUGAAUGCUGGAGGCCGCAGUGAGCCCGCCACCCUGGCUGAGCCCGUUCCCAUCCGGGAGAUUGUGGAUCGCCCCAGGAUCCGCAUGCCCCGAUUCCUAAGGUCAAGAUAUAUCAAGCAAGUUGGAGAACAGAUCAACCUCGUCAUCCCUUUCUGUGGCAAACCUAAACCUGUGAUAUCAUGGACCAAGGAUGGCCAGCCUUUGGAUACAAAGAAGGUAAAUAUCCGCAACAGCGACAAGGAUAGCAUCCUGUUCAUCCGCAAGGCUGAGAGAGAUGACUCAGGCAACUAUGAGAUGAGUGUGAAGGUUGACAGCUUCGAGGACAAGGCUAUCAUCAUAAUUCAGAUUGUCGAUCUGCCUGGUCCUCCAGCCUCCAUCAAGAUGGUUGACACCUGGGGCUUCAAUGCAGCUCUGGAAUGGACACCUCCCAAAGACAAUGGCAACACUGGGAUCACUGGAUACACUAUUCAGAAGGCUGACAAAAAAACUGGAGAAUGGUUCACAGUUCUGGAACACUAUCACAGGUUAAACGCUACUGUCUCUGAUCUUAUUAUGGGAAAUUCGUACGCCUUCAGAGCUUUUGCUGAAAACAAGGUUGGGAUCAGUGAGGCUGCUGCUGUAACAAAAGAAGUUGCUCAUAUUCAGAAAACAGUCUCGGCUGAGGUUGGUGUCUCCUGUCCUGUAGGUAUUGUCUACAAACCACCAGAGUACAAGGAGCACGAUUUCAGUGAGGCUCCCAAGUUUACAGCAGCUCUCAGCGACAGAGCUGCCACUGUGGGGUACACCACUAAACUACUGUGUGCAGUCCGGGGCAGUCCAAAGCCCAAGAUCGAGUGGAUGAAGAAUCAGAUGAUUAUAGGGGAUGAUCCCAAAUAUAGGCAGAUCAACAACCAGGGAGUGUGCUCACUUGAAAUCCGCAAACCAUGCAGCUUUGAUGGAGGUGUCUACACUUGCAGGGCCAAGAAUGCCCUUGGUGAAGCUACAGUUGCCUGCAAGCUACAGGUCAAACAGGUGAUCUUCCAGGAUGAUAAGGAGAAGAAAUAAACUGAUGCGCACAGAUGUUUACAGUGGUGCUGGAAGAUGAGCUGAAGCGUGUACCAUAAUCAAGGCUCAACCUCGACUCUGUGAUCACUCCCAACAAAAUAUAAGAAACAGAGUUACCACCUUGGUAACUAUAUUUAAGUUAGAGUCAAAGUCACAAUACAGUGUUAAUUAGGGCAAAAAGGAGGAGUAAGCAAGCAUAUACAUACAUUUAUAUUUAUUGCAUGUAUUUCAAAUGUCACGUUAUUAUUGUUACCUAUUCUUGUUAUUGGGCUUUUUCCAAUAAAAAAAAUAAACCUACUGUUUUACUGCAAUUGUAUGGUACAAACACAAAUGGUUACUACAGGGUAUAAUUUGUGCUCUAAUUUAUAUAUUUUUUUUAAUUUUAUUAUUGGAAAUAGUCUUCUGCUGCAUUAAUAUAUAGAUAUUUAACUGACAUUAAAUGUUUUCCCAUGGGGCUGUUUUGAAGCAUAGAAUUGUCACUUGCUGAAGAUAACAUCAAAACAUUGCUGUUUUUAACUGCUCUGUUUUAGAUUAGCCAACAACGUGGUUGAACUAAUGAAAGAAAACAGGGUCACGAAAAGAUUUAUAUAUAGAAGUUGUGUCCUCCCUGUCCAUUAGAGGUUUUGAACAGAUUUUCGUCAAUGCUCAAAUAUGUAUUUGUUUUUAUAUUGACAACAGAUUCAAUCAUGAUCAUUUAUAGUUGUAUUGCUUAGCAUCUACUGAAUAUAUAAAGUAUACAAAAAUAAACUUGGGUAACAACCCAUUGG